CUUCCACUCGCGCCACCCUCAUUUUCCCACCAUUCGACAUCAGCUGGUCGCGUUGUUUGGCCAAGAAUUCCAAUUGGUGGUGAGUUCAGUUACUCAACGAGCGUCGAGCUGCGCACUGCCCCAAAAUAAAUAGCCAGAAAGCUCCGCUGAAUUGCAUGCAGUGAAUAGUAUAUUUAACGAUUCGAUUCGCGGCGUGGGCGUCUUCUUCUUCUUCGGACCGUUCCCCUCGCGUCUCGCAUCUUGCCUCUCGCUCGCUCCAACAACGCCGGCAAUUGCACUUGGCGUGCGUGUGUGUGUGUGUGUAAGUGUGAGUGCGUGUGUGGUUUUCCGAAAGAAUGUGAAAUCAUAAUAAAAGUCGCGAUUUGUUGUUGCUAUUCGGCGCAAUUAGCCACUAUUUAACGCACAUGUGUGUGUUUCGAGCUUAUUUGUGUGUGAACAAAGCCAGGCAUCCCGUUUUGGCGGAAAUAAAUGCAAUCCUGAUGGCAGGAUCAAGGUAAAAUGGAAACAUUUGGGAUCUAUUGCAUGAAUGAACCAAUGUUGAAGAAGCAGCACAAGCAGCAGCAGCAGCAACAACACAGCGGCAGCUAGGAGAGCGAAAGAGAGCGAAGGCAAACAAACGAAAAUACAACAAUAAAAAAGAAGGAAAAACAACAAAAGUAAUUUGCAUCGGCUGUUAGUGGAGCAGCCUCGACAUCAGACCCAGUCCCAGCCCCAACCCCAGAUUCAGCCCGGAAAACAGUAGCAGUAGCAGUCACCGGCACCACAAUCUCAGACAGAUCUGCAGUCACAUCCAUAUCCGCAGACAUGGUGAUAAGCAAAACCGAUGGAACGGCGGCCAAUGGAGCGGCGGGAGGAGCGGAGGCCGCUGCCCCAACUGGCCUCGAUGCCACCGGGAACAGUCUGGCGCAUCCUUCGGGAAUACCGCAGGAUCAGAUAGACAACAUCAUGAGCGGCAUCGCCAACACGGGCAACGUCAAAAUGAACAAUCACCGCAAGAAGUUGCGACAAAGAUUUGAUAUUAUUAAGAAACUAGGACAAGGCACAUACGGCAAGGUGCAGUUAGGUAUUAAUAAGGAAACCGGCCAGGAGGUGGCCAUCAAAACCAUCAAGAAGUGCAAGAUCGAGGCCGAGGCGGAUUUGGUGCGCAUCCGUCGCGAGGUGCAGAUUAUGAGCUCAGUGCAUCAUCCCAACAUCAUUCACAUCUACGAAGUAUUUGAGAAUCGUGAGAAAAUGGUGCUAGUCAUGGAGUUUGCCGCUGGCGGCGAGCUUUACGACUAUCUGUCUGAAAGGAAGGUUCUCACCGAGGAGGAGGCGCGACGCAUCUUCCGCCAGGUGGCCACCGCCGUCUACUACUGUCACAAGCACAAGAUCUGCCAUCGCGAUCUCAAGUUGGAGAACAUCCUGCUGGACGAGAAGGGCAAUGCUAAGAUUGCUGAUUUUGGGUUGUCGAAUGUGUUUGAUGACCAGCGACUGCUGGGCACCUUUUGCGGUUCCCCACUCUAUGCCUCGCCGGAAAUCGUGGAAGGAACUCCAUACCAGGGACCCGAAGUGGACUGCUGGUCACUGGGCGUGCUGCUCUACACGCUGGUCUACGGAUCCAUGCCCUUCGAUGGGUCCAAUUUCAAGCGACUGGUGAAGCAGAUCAGCCAGGGUGAUUACUACGAGCCAAGGAAACCUUCGCGAGCCUCCACUCUCAUCCGGGACAUGCUGACCGUGUGUCCGAGGAAACGGGCCAGCAUCGAGCAGAUCUGCUCGCACUGGUGGGUGAACGAGAACGAUAAUGUGUCCUGUCUGGAUCUGGCCGAGGAUCUGGCCAAUCAGACCCCGGUGCGAUUGGAUGUCCUGCUUUCCCUUACGCCAGCCACAAUCACGGCGGAUCAGUUGGUGGUGCCAUCGGCGGAGGGAGCAGCUGCUGCCAAGGCGGCGGCCAAUGAACGCGUUCCUCGCUCGCAUUCGGUGGGCUCGAUCCGGGACAUGGGACCGCCGAACACGGAGGCGGAACGCCGCAUCCUGGACAUGGUGGCCGCUGGAGGAGAAGCCGCCUUGAUGCCCUCACCCACCAGGACCAUAACCCCCGCCCAGAGUCCGGUGCAGACGAAGAGGAAACUGCAGCCCACUGUUUCUACGGAGAAUGCAGCCGGAACCACAGCCAAAAAGAAGGAGAAGCCGGCCAAUAGCUCGUUUGUGAUCAGCAAGGAUGGUGCACCACUGACUGAAGCACCACCUACCAUCAUCGAACCACAAGCCACGCUCAUGGAGGCGGAGACGAUUGCCAAUAUACCCGAGGAGGUUCCUGUUCCCAGUUACUCCCAGAAAGACAUGCAAGCGGUGGGUGAUCUUUGCGAUCUGCUGAUGGGAGAAGGAUCCAAUAGCACCGCCACAACUGCAGCACCUGCACCACCGGCACCCACACCUGUUGCUCGCCAACCCACCAGGGGAAAACUGGAUGCCGUUGUUGAAACUCCCGAGGAAAAGGAUGCCACCAAAGUGAUCAAGAAGUUUGUUAACAAGCACAAGACCGCGGAUCUGGUGAAUGCCAUCAAUGAAAGUGCCUCCAAAGCCGCAGCGCCGGUGAGCGCAGUGGCCCCUGCACCCUUCGUCCGCAAGUGCAGCCUGCAGGAUGAGUCCACACUGAACAAAUUCAAUGCGGAGCGUCGGAAAUCGCGCAUCCUAGAAACUGCCGAGAAGUUCCAGCCUCCGCCACCAGUUGCUGCAUCAGCUCCCGAGAAACCCAAGAAGCUCAGCAUACCGGGUGUCAGUGUGGGCAGUUUUAAGAAGGAGUUCGAGAAGAAGGCCACCAAUCCGCCGGCUGCAGAAGGACCUACGCCCGGCGAAUUAAGGGCUCAGGAGCAGGUUGCAGCAGCUGCAGCGGCCGCCCAAGAAGCCGAAGCCUUAAGCACCCCGCCACCAUCACCAGUGGUGGCCCAAUCGCUGGAGGGCAGCGAUUCCAAGAACUCGGUGGCCUCCAUUUCGCUGGACGAGGCCCGCCGCUCCAUGGAGAACUCCAUUGCCUUGCUGCUGCAGGCCCAAAACGAGUCCAGCAAGGAGGUGGACCAGCUGUGUGCCCAAACGGAGACCAUUGGUGUCAGUGAACCGGCUACUCAGCAGGAGCGCGAGCGUAAGUUGAAGAACGCCCGCGCCAUAAUCGGAAAUGCCAUACAACCAGUGAUACGCAGGCCAACACCGUUUUAUGGCAUCGGCAACGGCUUUGGCAAUGGCAUGGGUGGUGCUGGUGGAGCAAGUGGUGCCAGUGGAGUGGGUGGUGCGCCAUUGAACAAUACACCCAAGCGCGCACAGAGUGGCAGCAGUUUUAUGGGCUAUUCGGGGGCCACAUCUCCGGGCAACGUAGCAACAUCACCACCGAUUUCUGGACCCCAAACGGCACCGCCAGUGCUAAUAUCACCGAAUGCAUUGGCUGUGGCCAAGCAAACGAUACAGCAACGGAUUUUCGGAGGUGGACUACCCAGUCCCAAUAAUCAGCCAGCAAAUCGAAGGCCAGCCACCUGGCAACCGCAGGUAUCCUACAGCACGGCCAGCAUUUUCCAGCCGCCACAAAGUCAGAGUAGUCCCUUCAAGAUGCUGCAGCAGCAAUAUCAGCAACGUUGCCACGAGGACCAGAAGCCAAGUUGCCCAUUCACGCCGCCUCCAUCGCCACAAUAUGCCGCCAGCCAAGCCUACGCCGCCCAAGCCAACAGCAACAACUAUGGAGGCAACAGCAACAGCGGUGCCAGCGGCGGCAGCAGCAGCAGCAACAGCAGAUGCAACAGCAGCAACAUAGGCAACUGCAACACGAUGCCUAAUGUCAAUUACAAUGUCAAUUCGCGCACGAGACCAUUUAAUCAUAAUCAAGCUCAAGACACACUCAAUACCAAUGCCAAUACCAGUGCCAGUGCUACAUGUGCCUUGCCUGUGGCUAUGUGGCUGAAAUCUUCACCGGGUGCCGAAGGACCUCCAACUCCUCCCGGAGCGGUCAAGACAUCGACGGCUUCGAUUACCCUGAAAUCGGCCACCCUGCCGCGUCGCAAGAUUAACGCCAAGGCGGAGGUUCAGCUGGACAUUAAGCCGCGAAUUCCGGAACAAGGAGCCCCACCCCAACCGGCCAUGCGUUUCAGCACGGAGAUGCAACAUCCGGUGGCCGAUCUGCGCAGUGCCCCGCCCCGCGAGGGCCCCAUCCCCUACAGCCCCAUCAAGACAACGCUGCAGGCGAGGGCCACCAGUCUGGAGCCCAAGGAGCACGUCAUCACCAUCCAGCGACCGCCCACGCAGCAUGCCUAUGGGCGCACCAGUUCCAACACAACCACGCGUUCCGGCUCGCUGUCACGGCAGUCAACGGUGGAAUCCGAGUCUGAGGGGACCACCACGGCCACGAACAUGUCGCAGGCCACCAUUACGAGCACCUCGCAGCCCAUCAAGAAGAGUCCGCGGGAGUUUAUCAUCCCGAUUGCCGUCGAGGGAGGCGGCUUCAUUACGCCCCGGGAACGCAGCGUGGAGCCAUCGGAAUCGAGCCACACCACCAGCAGCCGCUCCACGUUCACCCGCCUGCGUCCAUCCCGUCGCAUUGGCUCACUGUUAAGCGAGGCAGGCUUCGAUGAGGGCUCGCCAUUCCAAAAGAUGCGCACCACGUCGAUAACCCGGGAUGGCGUCAGCGGAGGAGCCGAGGAGGAGGCGCGCUUCACCCCGCACCGACUCAGAAGCUCAAGACCUGUCAAGAAAAUUAGUCAAGACAACGAUUCGCAAAGCUCCAACGAGGAGGACGAUGACGACGACGAUGGCUUCGAGAUACUCACGGCGGAGAAUCUGUUCUCGACUUUGCUGCAGCGGGUGCGGGCCCUGACGAAUCGUCUGAAUGUCAACAGUGACCUGACGGCCGGAUUCCCCAGCCAUUCUAGUCGCCUGCUCACGGACAUUUCGCGGCAGGCCCAAAGUCACAGUCCAUUCUGGAGCCAGGGCAGUCCCUUUGCCAGUGUGCUUAGAUCUCAAGUUAGUUAUACCUAUAGCGAAACGGUCGAGAAGAAGAAAGUCCGCCUGAACAGCAGCAACAGCAGCGGACUGGGUGCUCCGUGGCGGCACAGCAUGUCCCGGGACCUGGGCAGCGACAUGGAAUCGAUGUUCUCGCGCACGGGGGCCACGCUGCCAAGAGGCCAUCAUCAAGGCAAGGGCAAGCCCAGUUCAGCUCCCGCCCAAGGGGAAAAGGGUGCCACCACGCUCUCUUCAGCGAGCACUGCAAACAGCGAUGAGCCCUUGGACCUGGCCGAUCUGGAUCUUUCAAGACUACGUCUCAGCAAGAAGGAUUUGGAAACACUGUCUAGCAUAACUCCUGGAUUGCCCAAGUGUUUCCAGGAACAGCUACUUGCAAAACUGCCACCCACUCAAGCUCGCAAGCUAUCACGCACCUUGAGCGUUCAGACCAGUGCACCCAGUAGUGCCUCCACUCCCAAGGUUUACAAGCGCAGUCAAAGUAGUGGAAGGGGUUACCAGCCGGAGCAACAGCCACAGGAGGAGCUGUCUAAACCACCAACAACUGACGCCCCCAAGACGACUUCAGCGAGUACAGCGAUUUACAGGCGAAGCCUCAGUCGCAGUCAGGCCCCCACGCCAAAUUCUGGUCAGGAUGCCGACAGCCGAGCAGCCCAAACGACUAAAAGCCGCAGCAGCAGUGUCUGUCGAGAUGACUAUGGGAAAUCCUCACUCUGCAGCAGCAGCACUUACACCAGCGACAUUAGCGAAAAGUACAAGUACUACUCGCCGUAUCUGAGCAAGUCCAGCAAUGUAAGUCCAUCGAUAGCUUCAAAGGAUGCCCCAGAGAAGCGAUACAGUGGUGGACUAGGACGUCCUCCGAGUGGCUGUCUCUCGCCUCCACCGCAAUUGCCGCAAGUUGCAGCCACUGAGGGCACAAGUUCCCUGAGGGUUGGACGUUCCUCGCAGCGUCGGAUUUCCCGCUUUCUGCGUCCCGACUUCUUUGAUGAACCUAGGGAUCGUGAAACCCAGAGCAUGCUUAGGGAAAUACGGGAAAAGUCCAUCGAUCGCCAGGAUCAGGAGCAGACCCAGGCACAGGACUUGAGACGUCGCAAGCAUAGUUUGCCCAAUGUGGAGCAAGCGGAGCAACCUGCUGAAACGGCACCCAUUAGAUCCUCCAUGCGCCAUUCACGCAACAAGAGCAUGGAGUUGUUUACAGAAGCCGAAUCAAAUGGCCAAGCUAGGGAUACUGUGAAGACAUCAACAUCCCGGCAACGAAGUGUUUCGAAGGCUCGAGAAUUGGAAACGGAACUGGACAAACACGAACUGGCAGAUAAAAUCCUCCAGGAGCUGCAGCUCCUGUCCGCUGUAAGAAGCCAACAUGAUCAGACUCAGGAGUCGGAGAAAGCAGAAGAGACAUCCACCAUUAAAAAGAUAAGGAAGUUGAAACCCAAGGAAUCCAACGAACCAGAGGCAACGAAAAUCGCGUCAACAACUACCUCAAGUACAACCACUUUGGUGAGGAAGGUUAAGAAGGUGGUUAAGAAAUCCGACGAGACCCCCAAGACACCUGGAUCUGAAAAUGCAGAUCUCGCUAGCUCUGCACCAAAGGAAACGAAAUUAAAGCGUCCCAAAUCCUAUCCCAUGAAAGAUCUUGGAUUAAGUCUUAAAUCAUCAACCGAUCUCCCAGAACCGACUACAUCACUUCUACCCACUAAAUUACCCAGCAAACUCCCCUCAGGGAACACCAAUGAAUCCGCAGUGGAACCAGCUCCGCGCGAGAGUCGCCUGAUGAGGCCGAAAAGCUACCCGGCCACCAAACUAGCCACUCCUAAGGAACUGCGCAAAGUUACACGAAGUGGAGUUGCCAUUCCCACAAUAACAGAAGCUAUACCCACUCCCUCGGCUAUGCCAACGCCCACUAGUUCCAAGUCCACUUCGGAGGAGAAAUCGAUGUCGGCCACACCAACCGGAACUAUGUCUGCCGUAACGGAUGCCAAGGAUACAGUAUCUUCUUCCAGCGACUCGCGGCCCACGACCAUUAAGAAAAUCAUUAAGGUGUCGAAGAAGUCCAAGCUAAUGCCACCUACGCCAGUGACACCAACCACUCCAACCACGACUGCUACCACCACUGCAAGCACCACACCAGUAGAAACCUCUAAGGAGUCUAGUCCGGUCAUUAAGCCCAAGGAAAAGUCACCGGAAAAGAAACCCAGCAAGGGUUUGCUUUACGCUUUGGGACAGAAGUUUGAGAAACUACGAGACUCCGCCAUGAGCAAGGAGAAAAAGGCUGGUUCUACUGGAGCAGCGGCAUCUUUGGCCUGCACCCAAAAGCAAGGAUCUCCCGAAGAACGCAGCUCUCCAGAAAAGUAUAAGAAAAACGUUUCGGAUACAGAGAAGUCCCAACAAACUGGACUCUCCGACGACAAACGGGUGGAUAAGCGAUCCCGGUUUGACACCAUGCUACGCUCUUUAAGGGAGAGAUCCGUACCCAGAUCACAGUCCAAUGGACGCGUUAGUCCGAAGCGAGCUGCAAGUGUGGAAGAGCUCCACGCUGGAUGCCCAGAGGGGCAGGGAAAACAAGGCGGAGCAGUUAACAAGAUGUUCGGCGGUUUGUUGCGUCGAUUUGACAGGGAGAGCAGCGAACAACGCCGGGUGAGAAGCACCCGAUCUACCAGCAACAUAGAGCGACAGGUUCGCGAAGAACAGGAUCAGCUGCUGGACGCCUCGCUACCAACAUCGCCAAUCUAUCAGAAUGUGGUAAAGAGCACGAAAAGCAAAGUCACUUCAACGGCAAAUGGCGAAGAGAAUUGCAAUUGCGAAACAGCAUGCCCAGAUUGCAGGCCAAACAAAGGACAGAACUUGACCACCAGCGGUGCUCCAACCAACACAACAACGCCCAGCAGCAAGGAGAAGCGGAAGGGUCUGAUGCUUGAUCUGGCCAGCGCAAAUGUACCCGGCAGUGGUGCCCCCAGCUCGGUGACCACCGCCACCACAACUACAACAAGUGGAAGCAGCUAUCGGGGAUCUAAAACCAAUCCGGCUUUGAUCAAUGGAAAUGGAGGACUGGGAAUGGGCAUCUACUCGAAUCUGCCUCCCUAUCCGGGAGCCAUGAAAAGUGCCAGCUCCAACAACAGCUCCAGCCAGCAGUCCAUGGAGAAUGCCACCAACAAUAACUCAACAAAUACCAAUAAUAAUUGCAGUUCGCAAACUUCUGGCUAUAGAACCUCAUCGGCACACGAGAUUAAUCGGAAUAAUCCGCUCUUGACGCCCUCCUUCGAAAACAUUGCCAACUACUCCUCGGACUCAAGGAGCUACCAAGAUGACUGCGCCUCCACCUCGACUUUCCUAUCGCCCACCGAAGAACCGGAGUUGUAUUUCGACAAUUGGUCCAUAUGCUCCGAGGACAACUACAUGUUGCACGCGACGCCCUCGCCCACAGUUUCCCGGUUGUCAAGAGCUUCCCUGUCCUCGCCCACUCGUUGCUCCGAGAGCUCUGAUCCCAACGAGAGUGUGAUCGACAGGAUUAAACGGCGUAGCUUUUACAGUCGAUUCAAUGAGCAGAAAAAACCAAGACGCACCAGCAGCAUUGUCGGUCCAUCGGCGGUGAGGGAUUACUACCGGGAGCAACAAGCGGCAGUUAAGGCGCGCUCCAGUAACAAACUCCAUGCUCCGGACAUGGAUCCACCACCAAGAGCUCAUUCGCCGGACAUAGCCCAGCAGUUCUUUAGACCCCUGAAACUGAGUCCCGUGGGAACGGAGCUAAAGCCACCUGUUUACCACUCCACUUUGGACUACUCUGCAUCAUCGGCGGGGGCCACCAGCAAACCAAGGAAGAGUCUGAAUGACAUUAGAAAUACCUCGCCCUCUUUCCUCAGCAAACGUUACGAGACCACCGAUUACAGUUCGGUGCCAAUGCGAUACAAGAGCUCCUCCAGCUCGAGUCCAAGUAAUGGAGCCAUUGCCAGCGGCUAUUACAACACCUACAAUCCGAAGCGUAGAUCUUCGUAUACGCUCAAUGGUAGUCUGCCUACAGCGACCAGUGGAAGCAGUGCAGCAGGGAGCAGCCACCUGGAUGGAUACGCCACCCUGGGCAGGAGAUCCCUUCGUCCAUACGACCAUCGAACGAUGUCCCUGCUGGAGCCACCGACCUCGAGCAGCAGUCGUAGUGGCGAAGGGGUUUCCUACCAAAGGCGUGAAGCAAGAACACCGGUUAGAGACUACACAUCCAGCAUUUCGCGAUCUGGAUCGCGUUACCGCACUUCAUCGGCCACUCGCAGUCCAACAAACAUUUGAUGUACCACACCGCAGAAUGGCUUCUGCAUCUUCUGCUACUACUCCAAACGGAAGAAGACGAGUCCCGGCCACGGAAUCGGAAGUGGGCACGGACAUGGCCAGGCCAUGAGCACGCCGCCCAACACCACAGCCUCAUCGUCAUCCUCGCGUGCCAGCAGCGGCGGCACCAAGAAGCAACAGCUUCAUCCCGCCCCCAUACAAAACCAUCAUUACCACCACCAAAAUGAACAGCACAAGUUCUAGACUGGAGCCUCGAGGUUCCCUGCGAUCCGAUCCCAAAUCCCCAAUACCAUUCUACCCAAUACCAAACCCCCCACUUAGGCAUAAAGAUUUUUGAUAAUUUUUUAAUGGAACUUAGCCAAAGUUAUACUCUAGUGCAGACUUUUGAACGCUGCCCCUAGUCGUAGGUUUGUUGUAGUUUGGAUAUAGCGGAGUUUCAGCCAUAGAUCGUGACUCAAUAAUGCACAUUUGCAUAUAUAUAUACGAUUUUCAAAUGAUUGUGCCUUGGUUCCUUCGGCGGUUUUAGAUUUAGCCAAUAGCCAUAAAACGUUGAUUUUAAUCUAUAAGUGUGUAAGCGGAACGGAAGCGGAAACAGAUAGGGAAAAAGGGAGACCGGAAGUAAACAAGAGACGUGUUUCACAAUAUAUGUAUAUGUAUUUUCUAUGCUAUUUUUGUGAGGAUACCUCGCGCCGAAAAUGCGUUAAAAUUUCUAUUAUAUAAAUUUUAACAACAAUUUUUUUGCAUUAUACAGAACUGAUGGAUUGUUUUCAAGAUUUGAAUAGAGUUUAAUAGCGACAACUUUCGUUUGCUAGGUCUAUUGAUGUUAUUGCAAAAUAAUAGAAAAUAUGCGAGUUGGUAGCGAAACGGAAGAGUGUUAGGUAAUCGUAGCAACAAACAAUAAGCGAAUUUAAAGAGCAAAUUAACAGAAACACGGAACAAAAAAUAAUAGAUCUAGAGUUUUGGGUAGCAUCCGAAUUCGAAGUUCAAAUUGUAAUUAGAGCGCGAGCACGAAAAGUGUUUUCUAAAAAUAAAUAAAAACCAAGUCACCAAUUGAA